UGCGGAAAUGCUGUGUUUUAGUACAGACACAGUGGUGGGGCUUGAGCUGAGAGUGCAGCUGCUUUCAGAGCCCUUUUUCAUAAAAGACUUCUCACAAGUUACUUCAACUGAUGUAUUCCCCUCAAGUGAACAAUGAAUGAAAAAACAGAUGAAAGAGACUUUUGGAGGAACUCUUGUCAACUUUGAGUGCUUGUUUAUCUUCCAGCAGAUGCUCAGAUGUCUCCUGCUUGCUGUUUUCUGGAUUUCACCUCAAACUAAACUUCACUCAUGGGCCUCUUUCCAGCCAUGUCCAAGUUCAUACGGAAGGGGAAGUGUUUGUUUCUUCUACUGUUGUGUCUUUGCGUUGUAGCGUGGAUAGCAACAUUGUCAAAUGAUGACACAGUUGAGCCUGUCCAGGAGGGAUCAAAUCCUCCUGAAGAUAAGAGUGUCGAGGGGUUUGCUAAGCUGGAGCUGGAAUCAGAGAUGAUGCAGAGCAUAGAGGAGCGUGUAGAAGAGCAGGCUGCCAAAGAGAGCUGUCCAGAGCGCUCACCCCUGCUCCGAGGCGCUUUCAAGCUGUCAUUUGAUCCCUCGCUGAAGAUAGGGCAGGUAGAGAGUGAAAACGGAGAGGUCGUGGAGGGUCAAUAUAACCCCUCCGACUGUACGGCCAGGCAGAGUGUGGCCAUCCUUAUCCCUCACAGAAACAGAGAAAAGCACCUGCUCUACCUCCUGUACCACCUUCACCCGUUCUUACAGAGGCAGCAGCUUCACUACGCCAUCUAUGUCAUUCACCAGGCUGGAGAUGCUACAUUUAACAGGGCAAAGUUAUUAAAUGUUGGCUACCUCGAGGCUCUGAAAGACCAGAGCUGGGACUGUUUCAUCUUCCAUGAUGUUGAUCUAGUUCCUGAGAAUGACCAAAAUUUAUACAUGUGUGAGGAUCAACCUAAGCACUUGGUAGUGGGGAGAAAUUCCACUGGGUACAAACUCAGAUACAAAGGUUACUUUGGAGGAGUUUCGGCCAUGACAAAGGAUCAGUUUCACAAGGUGAAUGGCUUUCCAAACUCCUACUGGGGCUGGGGUGGAGAGGACGACGACCUGAGAAUAAGGGUGACACUGCAGAAAAUGUCAAUAAUCCGUCCAUCCCCGGAAGUGGCACGCUACACCAUGGUCUUUCACAAGAGGGACAGCGGCAAUCAAAUCAAUAAAGAUAGGAUGCAAUUGCUACGCCGUACUCAUCAGGCAUGGAAGACUGAUGGUUUGAACUCCUGUUCCUACAAGAUUCUGUCUGUCCACAGAGCACCACUCUUCAUCAACAUCACCGCGGACAUUGGCCGGCCGGAGCAUGCUCAUUGAGCCGGGUUUUUGGACACUGAAAUUCGAGAGACACUUAGCAUUAAAAACCUCAAAACAUUCACCAGUGCCUGGCAGAUCCAGUACUAGGUGUACAGGUUGCACUAUGGAUCUGUCCAACUUUACUCUUUAUGGCCCUGCAAGAUAAUAAGGCCAGAAUUCUGAUCAAACACUACUUUAAGUAUUACAAUAAUCAAGUAGAAUUUAAUUAGUCUGAUCAUGUAAACCUUUCAGGGUUGAAAUGAAAACAAAUUCAAUAUUCAUUACCUCCAGUUAUGAAGUUAUGGGUUUAUAUAAUGUAUUCUGUAUGACUUGUAUUCGUUAAGGUCGUUACAGAAUAUGGCACAACAUCUGGGAGUAAUGGAACACAAAAGAGCUGCACCUGAUAGGUCAAUAGGUAUACAUGAUGUAGACUUAACAUUUGUACUUUAUACAGGCAGAGGAGGUUUACUUGAGUCUUUAAAGCAAGUCUGCAUGUUCUGUGAUGAUGAUUCCAGCUGGACAUGCUUCUAAUAUAUGUCUGGUGGAAAAUUGUAGAUACUGUAGUAGGUGUUUGGGUCCAAUGAUUUGGUUUAAUCAGUUCAGUUUCAUUUCACUGAAAUGUAGCUGUAGAUGGGUUAUGUUACAUUUUUACAUUGUUCAGACAGAAUGGCUGUUCACUCAUAAAGCUGGGUGGUGUUGGCUUUUUUCAGAGAGCCGAGAAAAGAGACUUUUGUUUACUUAGGAUAAUAUCAUCUUAUUGUCGUGAUCCUUUCCAUUUUUAAAAGCUUACAUAUUGUGUCACAAUCAGAAUUUGUCAGAAUUUAAAAUGAUCCAUAAAAUAAAGUACAUUACAGACUGGAGUCUGCUUCAGUUUUUAAACUCUUAGUACAAUUCAUAUAGAAGCUUUUCAGAAACAAAGUUUGACUAGAAAUUGAUCUUGACAAGUUGCAUUUCAACACAACAUGGCCAUCUCAUCAAACCUGCUAAUUGUUGAGUAUGAGAAUAUAACUAUAAGAGCUUUUUUUUUCCUACAACAAAACAAAAAAAAAAAUGUAUAGUGCACGAGGAUCUAUUAAGUGACAUUUUCUAUGGAUCCCAGAAAAAAAGCUUCUUUCCUCGGUUUUUCUUCAGACUUUUAAAAAAUGAUUUGGGUGUUGUAACUGUGAACAUUUUAUGUAUUUUAUACUGUGCAGAAAUAAUGGACAAAAGUUUGUGAAUAUUAAUGAGAACUUUGCAUGAAUAGGGUACACAUUAGUAUCCCAUUAGUUUUUGUAAAGCAAUCAAAGGGCAGAAAUCCCAUGUUCUGUGGAAUAGAAACUAUCAGACAAAAACUGCUAUCUUCCAUAAAAUUACCACAGGAGAUGUAUUUACAUAAAAACACCGAAUAGCUCUAUCUGAGCCAGCUCCCUUGAAAUUGUGAUUUAAAAAAAGAAAACUAUAUUAUAUGUAGUUUGACAUCUUGAGGUUUUUGGUGAAGCACUCCAUUUUGAUGAAUCUGUGUUGAAAAAGAAACUUUUGCAAGAGGUUUUGUACCCUUUUCAUGGAAAGUGCCUAUACCACUGAUACAGUGCUGAACCUGUGUGUGUCAGCUAUUGAGAAAAGCCAGUUUACUAAUGUUAAUACUGCAAUACAGAAUGACAUUAAACAUAGAUAGCUUUUUUUUUUCAAAAAUGUUGCAUAGAUUUUGGCUGUAUGAUCUAAGCAUAUUUACUAGUCACUACAGGCAAUAGUUUUGUGGAUGUCCAUGAUUUAAAUAAUUGAUCUUAAAUUGAAAGUAUCUGUAUCUCAAAGUAAUGUAAUGCUUUUUACAUUAUUAAAUUAUCUCAAAGUAAUGGGUGUGAAGGCUGGUCCGAUCACUUAGAAGAGCUUCUGUAGUGCAGUGUUUUGCUCUGGACAAUGUUCUGCUGGGAAUCCUUGAGUCCUGCCAUUCAUGUGGAUGUUACUUUGACA